CUGCGGCAGGGUGGCGCCGCUUCAUGCGGGGAACAUGGUUGGCGGCAACUGGUUGCUUGGACGUUGAGAGCUUGGUUAAAUGUUGGAACAAUGUCAACAAAUUCUCUUUUUAUAAACUCAGGAAAGAAACGAAACACUUCUAUUAUUUAUAGUGUGGAAAAUUUGCCUUCAGAAGCUCCAGUUUCAACCUUCUCAGGAUUGUCAAACCGAGGGAAAAAGAAUAUAAAUCAUGAGAGUGAAGGAUUUCCACCGAACAAACGUCACAAGGGAGAACAAGCAAAAGAUGCGAGAGCAAAUGAAGAUCCUUUUGGAGAUAAUGAUGAUUUCACUGCUGAUGACUUGGAGGAACUGGAUAUUCUAGCCUCACAGAUUUUAAUUCAGGAUACGAAGCCUGUGUCUGAUGCUAUGAUAGCAACAGUGACUGAUAAGAAAAACAGAGAAAUGACAGUACUGAAAAAUGAUGCAAAUACAAAAGUUGCUACUUUUUCCUCAAGAGCAUUGAAGUGUGAAAACACAGUAAAGGAACUUCAUGAGAAUGGUCUCAUUCAAUGUAAAAAUGCUGAUUCAUUUGGCUUUGAAGUUCUUCAAGAACAACACAGCAAGCUGAGGCAGCAGUUUAAUGAAACACAUGAAGAACUACAGAUUAAAAAUGGUGAGAUCAAAAUUCUGCGAGAUUGUUUACGGCGUGUGGAAUCUGAGCUUGAUCAACAGAAAAGACAGUAUUUACUCAGUGAGAAGGAGAAAAGUGAAGCACAAAGCCAAAGAGAAAAGGACUUAUCCAAAAAGGUGCAGUCAUUGCAGUCUGAACUGCAGUUUAAAGAAGCAGAGAUGAAUGAGCUGCGUACAAAACUCAGAAGUGGUGAAAGAACCACCAAGUCUCCAAUCCUGGGUGUUGCUAAAGUCAGCCCCAGGAGAAGUUCAUCUGGAUCCAGUGCUUCUCCACAGAUUGCAAGGAAUUAUUUUCCUGAUAAAAAGUCAUUUGCUGUAGAGAUGUCCCCUGUGCAUUCUAUUUGUUCUGCUUCAACUGCUAACCAGCUCUCAGGUGAUAAAGAGGCAAAAGAUUUGAAAGAGUUUCACAUUGCCAAGAAGGAAAUGCCUAAAAAAACUCUCUCACUUAACUCCAUUCUGGGAAAAUUCUCCCACAACAGGCAAUCUGAAGGUUCUGCUAGCCCACAUUCCAUUUGCACUGAUGAGGGGAAGCAAGCAGCUUGGUCCAAAGUUGAUGUUCAGAUGGCAACUCAAAGCUGCAGAAGACAGGUUGAAGGUGCUGUUCUGAUGACUAUGCUGCUCAGUCAGCCAGUUGGUCCUCGGAGCUUGGGGUUGAGCCACCUCCUCAAUUGCAGUUCUGAAGCUUUCACUGGGUUGGUCCAACACCAUAGUUGCUGCAGCACUGACUUUUCAUCAACUGAGAAAUCUUCUGAAGUCAGAAUGAAAGAAAUUCCUUCAAAUUUAAAUGAGCUUCAACAGUUAGCUUUGUGUGGUGUUAACAUGCUCAUCUUGGACCAGGAAUUGUCAGAAAAAGAUUUGGACACUACAGAAGUAUCUCUCAGGUUAAGAAAUCAAAAUGACCUGCUUGGUGCAGUUCACUUUUUGCCACUAAUAGAAUAUUACCUUGAUACUUACUGUCAAGCUUUGCAAACUGAAAAAGGAGGAAGAAGCCCUUCCAGAAGCAGAAAUUGCUGUUCCUCCAGCUCUGGGGAGCUCACUGUAUCAAAUAUAGAUGAUCAUUUACAUAAUUUGGAAGACUUUGCACUUACAGCACUUGGAGUUUUAUAUCAUCUUGUAUCACAUAGUCAAAAGGUUGGAAAUUCCGUAUUGGUCCAUACCUCCAGUCAGAGCACUGAAUGUGACUCUUGCUCAGCUGCCCGAAUACAUGAAAAAAGCACACCACCAGUUGAACAUAGCAAAGAAGAAGCAGGGAUAUCUAGUCUUCAAAAGGAUCACAUAAAGCUGCAGAAAUCGGCUGGCUCAGAACAAUCUCCAAAUCACUUGUUCGACAAGUUACUCCAACUUUCUGACCCUGUGGUUAUAAGCAUAUCUCAUCGAAGAGAAAAUGUCCAGCACCAAAGCUUGAGAGUUUUGAGGAAGGUUGCUGAAAGUGCAAAUGCUGCACUCCUGCACAGGUUUCACCAUUUACUGAGCAGCCAAGUGCUACUACGGUGCCUUUCUCCAUAUUCUUCAUGUUCCAUCGUCCUACUUGUUGUCCAGCUCCUGGCAAAUCUUGCAGAUCAUGUGGAACUGGCCUCAAGGUUUUGCUCCCAGUCAGCAUGCCUGUUUCUUAACCUAUACACAUAUGCUUCCUCCAGACCUGACAGCUCGGCUUCAGAUAGACUCUGGCUCCAGCUUGAACAAGAGAUUGUUCGAUUCAUCACCAAAUUUGGUUUGUCCCAUUCUGGUGCCAGUGCUGUGUUGGUGGAAUCAGAUUGUCCGUGCAAUACCGAGAUCUUGAAAACUUUAAUAGUUAUGUUACACCGACAGUGGCUUACCAUUCGACUAUCCACACAGAAUCUCUCUUCACUGGGUAAUCAAGCUGUGGUGCAGUUCCUGCGAGAAACUGUUAUGCUGCUGCACUCCCUUUCACAGAGGGACAAAAAUUUUACAGACCAUUGUUUUGUUGUACUGCACCUAUAUGAUCAAGUUAUGCAUGGAAUUAAAGCUGUGUUUAAAAAGCUGCCAGAUCUGGAAGAAAAUGAAGAAAUUGCAUUGGAAGAGCUUUGUUCUCCUGAGCCCGAAGCCGAGUAUCUGGGAUUAGAAACUGAUGGACCUUAAAGCACCAAGUACAAAAAUGGAAAAUAAACCUUCAGUCAAGCACAGAUAAUUGUGCACUUAAAUGCAUUCAUUUGUAGUCUGAUACAACUGAGCUAAUCUUUCUCAAAGUAAAUUUCAUAGCAUGUCACAGAAAUCAUAGUGAACUGCUUUUAAAGCACUAGUUUUGGAUGGUUUUGUAGAUGAAAUAGAUGCAGCUAUUUAUGCCUUUUUCAUUGAUUCAAAUGAGAAAGGAAAAACUUGCUGGUUAAUAACAUGCAUCCACUCUUGUUACAACUAUCACUGUUAAAAUGGUCAUUAAAUGUCUUUUUUUUACUGUUCUAAAAUGCAGAUAGCCAAUUUUUUUUUUGGCCAUACAGUAGAGUUUGGUAGUUUAUUAACACUAGGCUCUAUAUGCAUCAGGAAAAUUAACUUACAAUGGUAUAAUUGUCAAGUGGUUUAUUUUUUCUGGAAACUACUGAACCUCAGCUCCAUAUUUGUUUGAUAUUCAUUUUUAAAUUUUGUUUAAAAAUGUGGAUAGUUACGCUUUCGUGCUUGAGUGAUUUAUUAAGGAAGCAGGCGUCGCAAUGGUAUAUUUUUUGAUUCCAUGAUAAUGUGGUAGCAGUUCAGAAUACCUAGAGGUACCAUAUAACAAAAAUGGAAAAUGCUGAAAUCGCUCAGAGGGUCUGGCAACAUGUAAAAAGGAAGGAAAAAGAUUGUUUCAGAAUUAAAUGGUUAACAUUUUCUGUUAACAGCGUAGAAGCUAGCUUGCCUGAGUGCUUCCAGCAUUUGUCAUUUUUGUUUCAGACUUUUCAGCAUCUUUUUUUUAGGCGUUCAACAGUUGAUAAUUUUGUCAGCUAAUGUCUUAGGCGAUGGAUCCAAAAAUGAUUCGAGGAGAAGUACCAUUGAUUCAGUCAUACUUGAGGAAUAAAAAUGCUUAUUUUGCAAAAGAGAAUACUCAGUUUGAUAGCUGAAUUAAUUUGUCCAGUGCUAGUCAAAUGUGAGGGAUCACUGCAUCUUCAGAUAUGUAAAAUAUUUUCCUAACUACCUGUACAACUUUGUUUACAAUAAAUGUAAAAUUAUAAACACUUUGUUUUUUAUUUUGUUUCAAGAUAAAACGUAUUUUCUUAGUCCUUUACUACAUCAAAAAGUAACUUUUAAAAAUUGGGUGAAAAAAUCCUUUAGGUGAAAGCAAAAUUUUAUAAUAGAAAUGUUCAGUGUUUUUUGAAAUUACCUUUGAAUGUCACAUGUACAGGAAAAUAAUUAACUACAUUGUCACGAGUUGCAUCUUCAGCCUGUCAGCUGCCAGUAAUUUUGAUUGUCUAUCCCCUAUUGAAUUUAAACUUUGUAACUAACAAUGUUAAGUUGCAUGGCUCCAAGUAUGUAAUGCUUCAUAGAAAGGUAAUUUCCUUUCAAAAUGUAAGAGGAUACAUUUCAGGUUAUAAUGAUGCAUAAAAGAUAUCCUUAUUAGUUUU